GUGGCAGUGAGAGUGAAGCAAGUAUAAAGUCACAAGUUGGAAAAGUUGGUGGUCCACUCAAUCAUAAUAGUUCUCUUCCAAAACCCAAACAUAUAAAUAAUGUGUCUGUGAUACAGUGUGGCCCAGCGCUUGUGAAUGCUACUCAGGUCAAGGUUAAGGCUGAUCCAGUAGGUCCUCUGGCCUUGGCAGCAACUCCACCUGUCACCACACAAGGUGGUCAGCUUGUUAGUCAGCAUGCAGAUAAAAUUUUAAAUAAACCAAGUCAUCAAAUAGACAAGCCUUUAAGGAGACCAAAGCAGAAAGACAAGUCUAUUGAUAAUCAAAAAGAGGAAGAUAAACCAGUUAAUAACGAAGAGGAUCAGGAGAAGCAUUUGGGUGAUACCCAGGAGGCAGACACGUCCUCCAGUAACAUAGCCUGCAUACCAGAUAUUCAAGUAGCUCAUGUUGCCUCUGAGAAAGAAAAAGAAAAAGCUUCUCAAAAUCAUACCUCAGACACCAAAACGAAAGAAUCCAAGGACAAUGUCAACACAUUGGCAAAGACCAUGAAAGAGCCUGUGGUGGUCCUCAAUAAGCUCUCCUCGGAGCAUCACUCGCAUUCCUCUUCGGUGCCAUACCUGGAGGCCUGGAGUCUACCUGGAGGGUGUUCCGGGGGUCAGCGCCCCCAUGGGUCGGUCCUGACCAGGCCUCCUGGUGGAUCAGGGACUGAUCAACCAGGCUUUUACUGCUGGCCACACACAAAGCAACGUACGAACCACAGCUUGGCUGGUCAGGAGCUUAAAUCCAUGGCCCGCAUCCCCAAGAUUUCUGGAGUUGGGAGUAAUGCCAGAGCUGACAAAACUACAGAUGUUCCCUCCAAGAACAGUGGCAGCUCAAGAAGGUCUCGGGGAAUGCGGGAAUCUAGUAAGUACAAAGAGAUAAGCUCAGAUUCUGAAUCAGACGAUGAUGACAAGAAAAAACCUAACAAAUAUUUUAAGAAUCGUGAAAGGGAAAGAGAAGAGAAAAAAAAGAAAGACAAAGCUGAUCGAAAAAGAAAUAGGAUACAGUCUGACGAAGAAGAUUAUGACCCUGAUCAGGAGAGAAAAAAGAGAAGAAAAGGAGGAUAUCAGGAUGAUGAGGAGGAGGAUGAUGAUGAUGAUAUCUCUGAUUAUGAAGAGGGAGGAGCAGAGUCUACACGGGGUAACAAAAGAUCAGCACCACCACCACCACUGCCUAAGAAAACUUAUACCCAGAAGCGGAUAGAAAGAAAGUUGAUGCCCCAAACAGAGAAACUGAGUGCAGAGGAACUCAUGGAAACUGCAGUUUAUCAAAGAUUCAAUAGGGUUGUAGAGAAAAUAUUUGAUAACACUGAAGACCUUGAUCUUACUGCUGAAAUUG